CAUAAAGGACGAAAAAAGCAUCUUCACGUCGUUUAAAUAUACAUGUAUACAUGCAGUCAUAAACCUUAAAUACUGUUCGUUAUCUCCAUAUAUUUCAUCAUCCUUACCUCUUUUUUCGAAACUAUAUGGAACUACAUCAGUUCUAUAAACAUAACAGAGUUUUGCAAAUUGAUUUUGCAAUUGAGAAUUUCUUUUCUUAAAAAAAAUCCAGGACAUUAAAAUUUUUAAUUCAGCUUUUUUAAUUAAUUUUUUUUAUUCAUGGCGCUAAACUAAAACAAAGGCAGACGGAAUUUGAAUGACAGGUUUAAUUGACACAACAUACAUAAAUGCAUGUGAUGAAAUAAUCACAUAUUAAAGAAAUCCAGGGAAUUCCUUUGUGUAUCUACGCGUGCGUAAAAUUGCGCACAUAUACAUGAAGAAUUUUCCUUACAUUUUGCAAUGAAGUGUCUUGUAAAUCAAACAACAAAGUUUAAUUCUUGAUAGUCGUUCUACGUUCAUUGAAGUACAGGGGACUUUGCAGUUAAAGCAGAAUGUGAGUGUCCGAUUUUUCCACAAUUUGGGGUAUGUUUUGGUCGAUCCUCUGCAAGGCCAUCAUUGGAAUUUUUCUCUGCGUCUUUAUACCAGUACACUUUUAUACUGUGUGCAUAGAACCAAUAAUUAAAUGUAUAAAGAAGAAGUUGAACCGCAGGACUGGGGACACACGAGUAGAUGCCCAAGAACAAUCAUGCAACAUACCCCCCGAGAACAACACGAGAGAGCAGGAAGCAGAGGCAAGGGAGAGAAGGAAUAGAUUGAGUAGUACAGAAAACCCUAUUGUGGGGCAGCCAGCAAGAGAAACUCCAAUAUGCCGCCCAGAGAACACCGUCAACCUACCUUACAUGAACCAGAAUACCGAACGGAUACCGAUAGCCGAAUCACGAGAGAGAAAUGAAAGAUUGCGAAAUGGAGAAACACUCAUUUGGAGGGAGCCAACAGACUACUCUCCGGGACAAACCAUCAGUUUACCUCUCGAGAACCAAAUUGGACAAGAGGAAGCAGAGGCAAGGGAGAGUAGUCCUAAUAGAUUGAUUUACCGUAUAAUAUACCCCUCGGGGCACGUCGUCAACCUACCUCACAUGAACCAGAAUUCAGAAAGUUUAAGUUGGAUAUCGACUGACGAAUCACAAGAGAGGAGGGCUUCACGAUUGUGCAGUGAGGAAUAUCACAUAAUUUUUACGGAGCCAAGACACUUUUCCUCGGGACACACCGUCAGUUUACCCCUCGAGAACAACAUUGUACAAGAAGAACCCGACUUUACUACUGAUCAGCAACCAAUUUAUACCAUCUGUGCAGAGGUAAUAGAGGAACUGCCAACAAAUAAUGAUAAUGAAAGGAGAGAGGAAUUUCAGCCUGAUGUGAAUUGGACUCUUGUGAGGGAACUAUCGAACAGUUCGCCCCUCCCGCCAUCGUAUGAUGACGUCAUAAGUAGGCCGCCCCCGUCCUAUGACGAAACAUUGCAAUAAAAGGAAAUGAAAUGGCUAAGUUAUAGAAAUGUUCUUCCAAAUUUUUACUACAAAUAUGUGGCUCAUAUUUUUACAAUAAAUGUAU